AUGGAGCCCCGCCAUGCUGUGGCCGUCGCCACUGUCCCAAAGGGCUCAAAGAGGCACGACCUCCUGGCAGAUUUGGCAGAAGACGAGGACUUGAGACACCUCCUUGCCAUUGGAGUGACCUUUGCGAAGGGCAGGACCAAAUCAGCGAUCUUCUCGUGGCUACAGGAGGUGGCCUAUCCACCUGUGAAUCACCUGCCACAGUUUGCUCCCACCAAGUUCCUGCCAGAUUCUGAGAGCAACACACAGGUACGAACAUCCGACGAGUUUCUCCUCAUAGAGGCUCCCCAGGAGAUGUCCCUGAAGAAGCUGGGUCACAGUCAUGUGCCCAGGUCGCCCAAAUACCGUGUUGAGAACGUGACAGCUGGAGACGUUGACCGAUUCUUCUAUGAUUAUGAGUCAGGGCUAUUGCCCAGAUACCUGAUGUCUUACAAAGAGACUAAGAUGUCUAAUCUUGAAGGUUUACGCGAGCUGACAGGUGAGGAUUUCAUCCAGGCGGUCCAGAAUCCGCAGGCCUCUGUCCUUGUAGAAUUUGUUGGGAGUAUCAGUUCAACACCAAGAUGA